GUUUUGAUACGGAUUUAAUUGGAUUUUUGUAUACAUUUUCAAAUGUUUAUUAGGCAACUACAGAAGGCGAGGGGCUACUCCUACUCAAACUAAAAUGUCCAAGUGUCUCCCCCCUCUUGUAUCGUGAAUGGUUGUUCCCAUCGAGUCUGUAGAAACCAGCUGGUUAGCGACAUCUGCUUGCUUCGCUUAAGUCAACCGCGUCACGUUUUAGCCUUUUAAACGCGUUUAAAAUCAAUAACCACCCAAAAGUGAGUUUUAAAAAGACCAUUUAACGUCACCGGCGGUGAUAGUGGAGUUACUCAACACUCGCGGCAUGUCCGCUGUGGAAGUUUGAAAAGUUUACGACUGACGUGGGAGAAGUUUUUCCAUUUUUUUUCCAUUUUAUGUCGAAGCUAGCUCUCACGGAGGUGGAUGCUAGCUCGCCUCCCCCGCAGCCUGACACGAGCGAGCUGGAUGCCUCCCUCGCCUCUCGAGUCACCUUCGAGCCUCACUACAGUGGAAUUGGUGCAUUGGAUUUAAUUUGGGAAAUUCUGGACAACUCUGGCGUCUUGAGCGUCGUCAAUCGAGGUGGCGUUCAGGAACCGCUGGCUUGGAGCUAGACAUGCAUUUUUCCAUACCCGAAACGGAAGUUCGUUCGGGAGAAAAUGGAUCUACCUACGUGGCUUACAACAUUCACGUCAACGGCGUUCUGCACUGUCGGGUGCGCUACAGCCAACUCCUCGGCCUCCACGAGCAGAUCAAGAAGGAAUACGGAAGCAACGUGGUGCCUUCCUUCCCUCCAAAGAAGAUCUUCACGCUGACCCCCACCGAGGUGGAGCAGAGGCGGGAGCAGCUGGAGAAAUACAUGCAGGCGGUGCGCCAGGACCCGCUGCUUGGAGCCAGCGACUUGUUCAACAGCUUCCUGAGAAAAGCACAGCAGGAGACUCAGCAGAUUCCGACAGAGGAAGUUGCUCUGGAUAUCUGCCUGUCUAACGGUCAGAAGGUGACGGUUAACGUUUUGAGCUCCGAUCAGACGGAGGAUGUGCUAGAUGUUGUCGCAACGAAACUGGAUCUCCCCGAAGACCUCGUGGCCUACUUCAGUCUCUUCCUUGUCCAUGAAGGAGAAGAUGGAGGCCUUACAUUCGUGCGGAAGCUUCAGGAGUUUGAGCUGCCCUAUGUGUCCAUCACCAGCCUACACAGCACACAAUUCCACAUCCUCUUACGGAAAAGCUAUUGGGACACGGUGUACGACGCCGAUGUCAUGGACAACAGAGUUGGCCUCAACCUGCUCUACGCCCAGGUAAGGUCAGGUUUUGUUGGAAGAACUGUUCAAGGAGUCCAUUUGUCGUCACGCGUGUCCAACCAGACGGUGUCGGACAUCGAGCGAGGCUGGAUCCUCGUCACCAAAGACCAGCGCAGGCAGCUCAAGUCCCUGCAGGAGAAAGGCUCCAAGAAAGAAUUCAUCCGCCUGGGCCAGACGCUGAAAUAUUACGGCUACAUCAAGUUCGACCCGUGCGCCACCGACUUCCCCGAGAAGGGCUGCCAAGUGAUCGUGGGCGCCGGCAACAACGAGCUCAACUUCCACGUCAAGCUGCCCAACGAGCAGAUGAAGGAGGGCAGCUUCAAGGUCACGCGUAUGCGCUGCUGGAGAGUCACGUCCUCCCAAGUCCCGAUGGCGAGCAGCACCAACGGCCCGUGCCCGUCGGCCAAGUGCGACGUGAAACUGGAGCUGGCCUUCGAGUACCUGAUGAGCAAGGACCGCCUGCGCUGGGUCACCAUCAGCAGCCAGCAGGCCAUCAUGAUGAGCAUCUGCCUUCAGUCGAUGGUGGACGAGUUGAUGGUGAAGAAGUCGGGCGGCGGCAUCAAGAAGAUGUUAAGGAAACGACACAAUGGCUCCACGCAGCGGCCCGACUGUCAGCAAGCUGUGAAAUCACCCCCACUGCUGGACUCUCCUGAUCAGAGCUGUGAGCAGAUUAUCAAACUAUCGACCAAGCUGAGCUCGGUGUCCUUGCGAGGGAUCAGCGCCUCCAACUCGGCCAACGACAUGGGCGCCAUCGAUUUCCACGGCAACUACGCUUUCGAGGGCAUCGGCGACGACGACCUGUAACGUCUGCGAGGCUCCUCUUCCUCCUCUUCCUCUCCAUCACACGUCCCCCAAGGGUUGCAAGCUUAGGUCCGAUGCUAACACGCAUGUCCCGUUGUGCCUCCGCAAGGUUUGUAGCAUCCGGGCUGAGAAGCAGCUGGUUUUUUUUUGUGUUUUUUUUUUUUUUUAUAAAGUUUCCAGCCAUUGCGGUCAGUGGGCGUGAAAUUUUAUGCGACAGUACGCUGACGUUACCGAGCUACAAAGUCGAUCAGUUCACGCGGGAGGAGCAAAGAUGUGAGCCUUCUACCGACCCGCCACUAGUGGGAGCACAACGUGGAAUUUUCUGGAAAAUGACAACAUAUACCUGUACGUACUUGCAGUUGUGUAUGUACGCUCGCUGGACACAAGUACAGGUACAUCAAAACGCAUCCAGUGAGAUAUGAGAGUCAUCGACCGUAUUGAGUGUGCGACACGUUUGAAAGUACGCCGGUGCCUUGAGAUACGAGUGACGCCACUUUACGGGUGUUUCGAGAUACGAGCCGUGGUUUGGCAGAGUUCUAGUUCACGAGCUUAAUGCCAACACAAAAUGGCGUCCGUGUGGUGGUGUUGUAAGGAAUGGAUAGUUUAUACAUGAGCAGUGCAGCAACACAUGUAGACAGACAAUAUAAAAUGACUCACAGGCAUAUAGUCUUUAUCAUCCGCCAAAAACUGACGAAUAUUACUGCAGCUUACUGAAGUCACAGUAGUUGUGAAACAGUUUAUUUUUUUUUUAUCUGCAUGACUGCAUUCUACUGCCACCCGGUGGCCAAGUCGUGCACACCAGAAAGAGUUAAUCAUGAUGCGCAAACUAUCUGAUUAUAGAAAUAACAAUCAAAUAGAAUGUCAAGGUUUUCAUGAAGUAUAACAUUAUAGAUUGCUACUUUUGAAGAAAGACGCUUGAAAAAUGCUGAGUUUUCUUCUGGGGGGGGCGGAACAGAUGACAUUUGUUUUGUUCGUUUCAGAUGAGUUGAGACACGAGUGCGUACGGAAGGAAUUAAACUCGUAUCUCAAGGCACCACUUUAUCUACGGAAUUGAUCAUAACAGAAAAGCCUGCAAUGUGUACUAGUGACUUCAGUAUUGUAGUAGUCGUACAGCAAUGCUGUAAAGACGGCGUUCCGCCGGAGGAGCUAAUUUUAUUGGCACAUUAUCGAUAUUUGCUGCUGCUGAAUUCGUCCCGAUAACGUACAGCGCGUACAGCGAUAUUUGCUUCAACCUGUAGCCAGCCGCGAUAUGCAAAUUCGAGGCCGUCAUCGCAUCGUAAUCGACGGCUUUCUGAUGCACGGCCAUGUCGCCCGCCAUUUUGUUGAUUUCAUGCGCGCGAUGUGGACAUUUUGUGCAGGCGCGCCUCAUGAGGCGUCCCGUUGUCGUCGCCGGUGUUACAUUUCUUACGCUGAUCAAUCAUCAAGCUGUCUGCUUUGGCCGAGAAAAAGUCAACUAGCGACAAUUGGGGGAGCGACGCAAAGCACUUUCAGCAUUUGCACCAUAUCCAGCUUAAGGUCCAUGUACUAGUAGCCUUUUUGCCAUCAUUUAAACGAUUGAAUGACUCGGUUGCAGUUUUAGUAACACUGCUAGACCCAAACUAGUAGGCAUGUGUCAUGCACUAUUAGCGCCUUGGACCUUACUAGUAGCACCAAAAUGCCCACUAGUAUUUGAGCCUCGCUAGCAAUAUGCAGUUGUCCUACUAGUAGGCCAAAGUAGUGCUACUAGUAUGCAGAAAUGUGCGGAAAAAACAUGACCAGUUAAGAUGGAUAGAUGUACUCGUGCGCUGAAUUGUCUUACUAGUGAAGGACCAAGAGUGCACUACUAGCACAUGCUGAAAAGGCUUUCCAUGUCGUUCGGUGGCUUCGGAAAUCCGUGUAUGAUUUUUUUCUCAUAAAUGCCAAAUUCUAGUUUACUAAAGCAUUUUGCACAAGAAUAAACACGAUGACGUCACUUUUUUGAUACGCUGUACAUGCAAUGAAGUAUUCCGAAUAUUUACUAAUUGUCUUUUUGUGUAAUCUGGAGCAGAAAUGAACUAACGUGCCGACGUAUCCGUGUUUACAUUGUUUUGAGAUUUUCAUGUGAUUAAUUGACGUGCUCGUCGUGCCAAUCGUCUCACGGGGAGAAAAAGAGAAGAAAAAAAACAAAAAAAAGCAACGUUGGUUCGUGCAGUGCCGGCAACCGAAUGAACGCAGUCGCUUCUUUUUUGAGGUCUUCCGCCAUCAGCGUCAGUACAGUUUUAUGAUUUUAACAGAAAACAGAAAACCUCGGAAGGCUUCGCUUUGGCUUUUUUGUUGACGGCAGGAGCUAAAUAGGAACAACAACGUCAUCAUCUCAGUUGUAAGCAAUAGUAAAUGAUGCUUGGACAAACAAGAAGAAGACGAAUAAAAAAUGGUCUUUGUUUCAAA